AUGUGCAUACUAACUUCAAUCCCGUUCUUCCCCUGUUGUUCUCUCCCCUUCCUUCCUCUGCUCUUUUCUCCCGUGCGGACUGCCAUCUGUGUCGUCCGUCCCGUCCCUCCUCCCUCUGUUCACCGCACUGCUCUCCCCCAGGCGGCGCUGCUGGCGGAGCUGCAGUGGCUCAACGCGCACGCAGCGGGGCAGCUGGGGGUGGUGCAAGGGAGGGAGGCAGAGGGGGCCCAGGCAGGGGGAGUGGCGGAGGGGGGGAUGGGGUUGGAUGAGUCGUUUCAGCGCCAGUAUGCUGUGGUGCUGCUGCAGCUCAGGGACACGGACAAGCAGGAGGAGGGCAGAGCUGAGGUGCGGUGGAAUGGCCCGGGCAGGGCUCCAGGAGGGGUAAAAGCAGAGAGCAGACAAGGGGGCGAGAGGGGUGCGGGCGGAGGGGAAGGGGGGAGAACUGAGCAGGAGGGGCAAGGUUUCCCAAAAAGGGAAAUGGUCGGGCAAGGGAGGGCGGUGGGUGGCGAGGAGGAGGCGGGAGCAGGUGGGGCGGUGUCAGCAGGUGUGCAGCAGAUGAUUGGAGAGGCACAGCAGCAGGCACAUGCCAUGGUGGGCGCGGCCCUGCACGCCCUCUCCCUCUGCCCCCCUGGCUCUGACCCCUCGCUGCUGCUCUCCCAUGCUCUCUCCUCCCUUCCCCCUCCACAGUUUCCCCCGCCACAUAUUCCGCCUCCACAGUUCCCCACAGCUCCACCCACCUCCAUCCCUCCACCUGCUAUCGCCCCUCCCACCACCAUGCCUCCUGCUCCGCCCGCUGCUGCUCCAAUGAUGCAGCCAUUGCAACCACAAGGAGCACUGCAGGCGAAUCAGCAGGCACCAGAGCAACAACUCCAAUUCCCAUUACCCUCACUUGCCGGCCCUCCAGACCCAUCGGCUUUACCUGCAAGUGAUGCAGACAACAUGGCACACCGCACGGAACCGCACUACACAGCAUCACAACACCCUGCACCGGUUCCUCCAUACGCUGUGUGCCCUGCGCCCCACCCUGCCAGCACCCCGCCUCCCCAUGCCUCACGAUACCGCCUGCUGCAGCUCACCCCCCAGGGCCCCGCCCUGAGAAGCCCCGGCAAGCACCCCUGCCCCGUGCCAGGGGCAGACGGGGGAGCAGGGGGGCCAGGGGGAGCAGGGGGGCGGUGGGAGGAGGGGGGGGUGGGGGCGAGGGGGCUGCUGUGUGCGUCGGAGGAGGGGGGGCUUGGAGGUGCGGAGGGCCAGGUUCGGGAUUCUGGUGCGGGGGAUGUGCGGACGGUCAUGCAGCAUUGCCUCGCCUCUCUGCUGCUCGUUCAGGCUGCGUGCAAACGCACUGACUUGUCAGCAUCCGACGUGCGUGGGAUCCUUCAUUUCUGCCAAUCGACACUCUCGUCCUUGGCGGCGGCGGCGGUGGCGGCGGCGGCGACGACCACGGCAGGGAGCGGCAGCGCGGGGCGGGAGGGCGCGCGGGCGGAGGGAGACGAGGUGACUGCGGCGAAGCAGAAGAACGAGCAGGCGGGAUUGGGACACGUGGCGGCGUCUGAGGGGCCGGCGGUGGACGCGGCGGCGCUGUGGCUGGCGUCGUUCCGUCACAUGUCGGAGUCCGUCGAGUCCGCCGCCGCGCUCUACAACCUGCUCCUCUGCGCGCUGCUGCUAGGUGUCGUCGGCGCUAAGGAGUUGUUUCUGGGCGAGCUGUCGCUGUUGGAGAUGCACAAGCUGGCGGAGCGACUCAUCGGCCACUUCUCCUUCAAGCUGCUGCUGCUGCUAUCGCUGGUGGACGUGCUAGUGGUGCAGCCCGUGUGGCUGCUGUGGUUUGCCGCUGUCACCGCCAUCAAGAUGUUCGGAGUGGUGGGCAAGGAGCGGUCGCAGCGCCUCAGUGCAUCACCCUCUGCACAGCCCUCCUCGCAUCUGCGCACGCUUGCCCUGCUGCUGCUCGUGCUACUCGCUAACCUGCUUCUGGCCGUGUGUCUACUCCCCUUCUUCGCCCCGGCGUCCCCAGCCUCCUCGCCCUCCGCAUCGCGCAACGUCAUGUCGCCCUGGCCGCGCCUCUCCGUGGGGCUGCUAUUCGCGUAUGAGCCACUCGUGAUCGCCAUCGACACCACGCAGACGUUGCUGCACUACUGCGUGCAUCUGCUCGAGGCCCACUCGGACCUGCUCGCUGCACACCUGCCGCCCGCCCUGCCGCUCCCCUCGCUCCUCGCCUCCUGUGAGUGGGCGGAGCUGCGCUCCUGGCUGCUAUUCAACGUGGCAUUCACAGCAGACGCCUCCUCCACCCUCCUCACCCUCGCGCACUGCGCGCUCGUGCUGCUCAUCCGCGGCUUCUCCUUCUCAGUGGUCGACCUCGUGCUCGUCUUCAACAUACGCACGCUCCUCGCCGCCCUCUCCAAGCGCGUCGCCGGCUUCCUUCGUUGGCACGCUGCCUUGCGCCUCCUCCGCUCCACCUUCCCCGACGCCACGCCUGCUCAGAUCACCGCGUUUGCAGACGACUGUGCCAUUUGCCGUGAGCCGCUGUCAUCUGCAAAGCGUCUCCCCUGCGGGCACCUGUUUCACCUGUCGUGCCUGCGCAGCUGGCUGGAGCAUGGGUCGCAAGCGCCCUACUCCUGCCCCACCUGCCGCCGCCCCCUUGAUAGCCUCCCCCCCAACGUGCUCUCGUCGCUCUCCCCUCCGCCCCAGCCCCCCCCUGCUGCUGCUGCUGCUGCUGCUGCUGCUGCUGCUGCUGCUGCUGCUGCUGCUGCUGCUGCUGCUGGGGGUGCUGCGAAUCAGCCUGCUCAGGAGGCUGCUUGGGGGGGUGGGUGGGGGCAAGGGGGAGGGGGGGAUGUGGGGAGGGGAGUGGAUCGCGUGUGGGGUGGGGAUGCAGGCCAGGGGGAGGGAGCAAGGGGAGGGCAUGGCGGAGGUCAGGGGGGAGAGGGGCAGCGUGGGGUGGGGGGUGGUGGGGGGAUGGGGGGAGGGGAGCGGCAGGAAGGGGGAGAGAGGGGAAUUGGGGGAGGCCGUUUUUUUUCCUCUUCCAUUUCGCUGAGGGGAAUGCGGUUCAGAGGGGGGAGUGGGAGGACCAGACAUGCGGGGGAAGAGGGGGCAGGCAGUGGGGCAGAACGGGGGACAGGGGGAGGGGGAGCAGGAGGGGAAGGGGGGCCGCCUGUGGAAGCAAGACUGGGGGCAGCAGCUGGAGGAGGGAGAGGAGGAGAAGAAGGAGGAGGGGGAAUGGUAUGUGCCCUCACAUGCCAUCCGACAGGUAUGUUCCCUCACAUGCCAUCCGACAGGUAUGUUCCCUCACAUGCCAUCCGCCAGGUAUGUGCCCUCACAUGCCAUCCGACAGGUAUGUGCCCUCACAUGCCAUCCGACAGGUAUGUGCCCUCACAUGCCAUCCGACAGGUAUGUGCCCUCACAUGCCAUCCGACAGGUAUGUUCCCUCACAUGCCAUCCGACAGGUAUGUGCCCUCACAUGCCAUCCGACAGGUAUGUUCCCUCACAUGCCAUCCAACAGGUAUGUUCCCUCACAUGCCAUCCGCCAGGUAUGUGCCCUCACAUGCCAUCCGACAGGUAUGUGCCCUCACAUGCCAUCCGACAGGUAUGUGCCCUCACAUGCCAUCCGACAGGUAUGUGCCCUCACAUGCCAUCCGACAGGUAUGUUCCCUCACAUGCCAUCCGACAGGUAUGUGCCCUCACAUACCAUCCGACAGGUAUGUGCCCUCACAUGCCAUCCGACAGGUAUGUGCCCUCACAUGCCAUCCGACAGGUAUGUGCCCUCACAUGCCAUCCGACAGGUAUGUGCCCUCACAUGCCAUCCGACAGGUAUGUUCCCUCACAUGCCAUCCGACAGGUAUGUUCCCUCACAUGCCAUCCGCCAGGUAUGUGCCCUCACAUGCCAUCCGACAGGUAUGUGCCCUCACAUGCCAUCCGACAGGUAUGUGCCCUCACAUGCCAUCCGACAGGUAUGUGCCCUCACAUGCCAUCCGACAGGUAUGUUCCCUCACAUGCCAUCCGACAGGUAUGUUCCCUCACAUGCCAUCCGACAGGUAUGUGCCCUCACAUGCCAUCCGACAGGUAUGUGCCCUCACAUGCCAUCCGACAGGUAUGUGCCCUCACAUGCCUUCCGACAGGUAUGUUCCCUCACAUGCCAUCCGACAGGUAUGUGCCCUCACAUGCCAUCCGACAGGUAUGUGCCCUCACAUGCCAUCCGACAGGUAUGUGCCCUCACAUGCCAUCCGACAGGUAUGUGCCCUCACAUGCCAUCCGACAGGUAUGUGCCCUCACAUGCCAUCCGACAGGUAUGUGCCCUCACAUGCCAUCCGACAGGUAUGUGCCCUCACAUGCCAUCCGACAGGUAUGUGCCCUCACAUGCCAUCCGACAGGUAUGUGCCCUCACAUGCCAUCCGACAGGUAUGUGCCCUCACAUGCCAUCCGACAGGUAUGUUCCCUCACAUGCCAUCCGACAGGUAUGUGCCCUCACAUGCCAUCCGACAGGUAUGUGCCCUCACAUGCCAUCCGACAGGUAUGUGCCCUCACAUGCCAUCCGACAGGUAUGUGCCCUCACAUGCCAUCCGACAGGUAUGUGCCCUCACAUGCCAUCCGACAGGUAUGUGCCCUCACAUGCCAUCCGACAGGUAUGUUCCCUCACAUGCCAUCCGACAGGUAUGUUCCCUCACAUGCCAUCUGACAGGUAUGUUCCCUCACAUGCCAUCCGACAGGUAUGUUCCCUCACAUGCCUUCCGACAGGUAUGUUCCCUCACAUGCCAUCCGACAGGUAUGUUCCCUCACAUGCCAUCCGACAGGUAUGUUCCCUCACAUGCCAUCCGACAGGUAUGUUCCCUCACAUGUCAUCCGACAGGUAUGUUCCCUCACAUGCCAUCCGACAGGUAUGUUCCCUCACAUGCCAUCCGACAGGUAUGUGCCCUCACAUGCCAUCCGACAGGUAUGUUCCCUCACAUGCCAUCCGACAGGUAUGCGCCCUCACAUGCCAUCCGACAGGUAUGUUCCCUCACAUGCCAUCCGACAGGUAUGUUCCCUCACAUGCCAUCCGACAGGUAUGCUCCCUCACAUGCCAUCCGACAGGUAUGUUCCCUCACAUGCCAUCCGACAGGUAUGUUCCCUCACAUGCCAUCCGACAGGUAUGUUCCCUCACAUGCCAUCCGACAGGUAUGUUCCCUCACAUGCCAUCCGACAGGUAUGUUCCCUCACAUGCCAUCCGACAGGUAUGUUCCCUCACAUGCCAUCCGACAGGUAUGUUCCCUCACAUGCCAUCCGACAGGUAUGUGCCCUCACAUGCCAUCCGACAGGUAUGUUCCCUCACAUGCCAUCCGACAGGUAUGUUCCCUCACAUGCCAUCCGACAGGUAUGUUCCCUCACAUGCCAUCCGACAGGUAUGUUCCCUCACAUGCCAUCCGACAGGUAUGUUCCCUCACAUGCCAUCCGACAGGUAUGUUCCCUCACAUGCCAUCUGACAGGUAUGUUCCCUCACAUGCCAUCCGACAGGUAUGUGCCCUCACAUGCCAUCCGCCAGGUAUGUUCCCUCACAUGCCAUCCGCCAGGCAUGUUCCCUCACAUGCCAUCCGCCAGGCAUGUUCCCUCACAUGCCAUCCGACAGGCAUGUUCCCUCACAUGCCAUCCGCCAGGUAUGUUCCCUCACAUGCCAUCCGACAGGCAUGUUCCCUCGCAUGCCAUCCGACAGGUAUGUUCCCUCACAUGCCAUCCGCCAGGUAUGUUCCCUCACAUGCCAUCCGACAGGUAUGUGCCCUCACAUGCCAUCCGACAGGUAUGUGCCUAUCAUCCGUCACAUCAUGCAUGCAACAGGUAUGA